AUGGCCAAGAUUUCCAGCAAGAAGACUUCGGUCAAGAAGACCGAGUCUCCCAAGACCAAGUCAAUUCCCCCUCAGCUGAUCGCCUCGGUCGCAGCUUUCUUGUCGGACAAUUUCCCAGAGACCAGCACCGCAUUCACCAAGGAAGCGGCAAAGUCGAGCAAGAAGAGCGAUGCGAAAAAUGCUCCCUCCCUCUUGGAACUAUUCCAGGCCUCGGAGCAGAGCUCUAGCGUGAAGAAGUCUGCUAGCCCCAGUUCUUCUUCCAGCUCUAGCAGCAGCUCCGACAGUGACUCGGAUGUCGAGAUGGGCGAGGCCACUCGCUCCUCUUCGCCCUCUUCGUCCUCGUCUUCUUCCAGCUCUGAUAGCGAUGCCGAUGAUGAGGAUGAUGACAAGUCCCCUGCCGCCCCCGUUGCCCCCGCUUCGGCUAAGAAGUCUGCCGGCGUGAAGCGCAAGGCCGAGUCUAGCAGCGAGUCUAGCAGCUCUUCCGACUCUGACUCGUCUUCGUCCGAAGAUGACAGCCCCAAGGCCAAGAAAGCCAAGACCGCUCCUACCCCCAAGGAGGCUUCCUCUUCGUCUUCAUCCUCGUCCGACUCAUCCUCGUCUUCGGAUUCCUCCAGCUCUGACUCCGAUUCCUCGUCGAGCUCUUCUUCGUCCGAUUCGUCCUCUGAUUCGUCCUCUGAUUCAUCGUCUGAUUCGUCCUCUGACUCCUCUUCUGACUCUUCCUCAUCCUCCGACUCCUCUUCUGAGUCCGAGUCCGAGUCCGAGAAGGAGUCCAAGAAGGCCCUGAAGAAGGCAAAGAAGACUCCUCUCCCCGAGUCCGACUCCUCUUCCGACUCGGAAACUUCCUCAUCCGGCAGCAACACCCUCGCCGCUUCCCCCGAGACCGAGACUAAGCCCGUUCAGAAGGCCGUGGAGGCCGUCCAGACCACCUCCUCGAGCGCUAGCCCCGCUCCUGGCAACGGACCCGCCAAGAAGAAGCACACCGGAGCUCGCCCCACCCCUCUGGCUCUUCUGAGCGAGCUGCCCCAUAACCACCCCUCCAACGACUACAUGUCGUACGCAUACGCAGACCGCGCCUGGAAGGACCUGUCUGUGACUCGUGGCAAGGGAUUCACCAAGGAAAAGAACAAGAAGAAGCGUGGCUCCUACCGCGGCGGUCCCAUUGACAUUGCCCCUGGCACCACCUCUUUCAAGUUCGAGGAUUAA